AGAAUCAACCUAUGCAACACGCUGCAGUGACAAGCGAUUUUCGUAAGAAGUGGAUGAAGUGUUGAUAGAAAAUACAAAAGAAUGGCAGGGCAACCAGCCAGCCAAGAUGAACACGCUCUGAUUGAGCGUGUAUUUCUGAGGAUCGGAUCAGCUGAGUCAGAUGAGCAGUUGGAGACUGCUCUUGGGAAAUUCCUUGCCCCUGUCCUCAUAAAACUUAACAGUACAGAAGAGGGCAUCAGGAAAAAGGUGAUGGAAUUGCUGGUUCACAUCAACAAGAGACUGAAGAGUCGUCCCAAAGUACAGCUACCAGUUGAGCCACUACUCACACAGUACCAGGAUCCCAAGGCCACACCAUUCCUCACGAACUUCACAAUCCUGUAUAUCAAGAUGGGAUACCCUCGACUCAGUCCAGAGAAACAGGCUGAAUUUGUUCCCCAGCUUGUCAACUGUCUAGAGGGUCGGCCACAGCAGCAUCAAGACAGCCUGCUCCAGCUACUGAUCCCAGCACUGUUACAUCUCAAACUACAGCAGAACAUGGCCCAGCGCCGUGCCACCUUCAGCUUCUGUGAGCGCCCGGCCGUGCUCAAGCUGCUCCUUGACUUCAUGAUGGAUGUACUGCUGCUGCCUUACAAUUCUCACCUUGCUGCCAUAGAGAAGUCAGCUGCUCAGGCUCAUGGUGGGUCAGGUCGCCCUGCUACAGCACCUGCUGGCCGCUCCGGGGGUACCUCUGUGGCUCCUCCCCCAGGGCUGUGUGAGCACGCCUUCAAGCGUGUGACGGGAGAAGACCCUCUGGCACCUGAAGCCCUGGAACAAGCAAAACUUGGUGUCCUCAAGUUUCUUGGGGCGGACGUCGUACCUGAUGCUGACAUUGUUGUGCAUUACGUUGUGGCUUCCUCGGACACCAGGCAUAGUGUUGCUACAUCAGCUGACAUGGAGCUGAAGAGGAUCACAGGGAGCAUCAACUGGAACUCACCAGCAGUUAUCAACAAGCUGUUCUCCAUCUUCCAGGGGACAGUUGUAAUGAAGGGCCAGGCACCAGUGAAACCAGACCAGAGACGCACUCCCGCGUGUACGAGAAUACGGCUGAAGAUUUUCCCCAUCUUCCUGAAGUCCCGAGAGGCAGCCAACACUUUCCCUUCCUGUAUUCAGGUGGUGUUUGACUGCCUGUUCGGCACUAACCCUAACCAGAAACUGCGGAACAUGGCAGUACAACUAGUUCACCACAUCUCCUACACCUGUGACUCGGCCAAGUUCCACAUGUUUGAUGCAGUGCUGUUGUCAGGAAUGGUGAAGCUGAUUGGUGAGGCGAAGGAGAUGAAACGCUGUCGUCGUAAGUUUGUUUAUCAGGAUUCCAAACUGAGAGGACUAGCCUACAUCGCUGUAGGAAAAAUUGCCCGGAGGUCGCCCCAGAGAGUGGCCAAGGAUAUCACACUGGUUCAAAAGUUCUUUGAAGCAGUUUGCCAGGAGGACAAUGAAACGAGACUUGCAGUCCAAGAGGGAUUAUCAAUGAUGUCCGAGGCCUUCAAACAUCUGGAUGACAACAACAAGAAACUCAUGGAGGCUCUGAUUAUGCAGAACAUGGACAAAAAUGAAUCGCAGGCAAGAUUGAUGGCUGUACAGUAUGCUAUCGCUGUCUUCCCUCAAGACCACAUCCCUUCCAGAUACAUUCUACUCCUGGCCUCGGGAGAUAUUAAGGAAGAUAUUCGUGGUGAGGCUGUGAAAGCCUUACACGGAGGCAGUAGUCGGAGUGAGCUGGACGCUGAGAAGAGACGUAACCUGACACUGCCAGACUUCACUCAGAUGAUUCAGUACAUCAGAGCACAAGCUGACCAGCGGAAGGAUCGGACGGUGGUGGGCAGCACAUCUCUCCCGUUCAACACAGCAGCAUACACACAGGUGGUGGUGUAUCUACGGACAUGCCUGGCCUACAGUGCCGGGAUCUCCCCCGAGCUGGACACUGACUCCCAACAGGACCAAGCACCUGCUAUUGCCAAGUAUGUGAGACAGCUGCUGGCCGCCAGCGGGGACGGGACGUCAGGUGUCGAGAUGUAUGUAGACAUGCUCAGACAGCUGCUCAGGGCUGUGACAGAUCCACAGGUGAUGUACUGUCUGUUGGAGAUUGUAGCUGUGGCUCCGGAGAAACUGGCUCCUCAGUUCAAGCGUCACAUGGACUGGCUUAAGAAUCUGAUAUCAUCCAGUAAAGAUGACAUCCGAGCACCUGCUGCCCAGCUGUUCUCCAUCGUCAUCCUACACUCAACAGACAAGGCCCAGGUCGCUGAAGCAGCACAGGAGUUUGCAGACAGUCUCAAAAGCAAGAAGGUGGAAUUGAAGCAAGGUUCACUACUUGCCUUGGGCUAUCUGAUUGGUCAGUUGGGGAGACGUGGAAGGUCAUGUGACAUGCAGACAGAUCAGGCCAGCCACAACCAGGAACUGAUUCAAAAGACAGUACAACUGAUAGCUGGUUACCUACGAGACAGGGACAGUAAUCUGUUGACCCCAGCAUGCAUUGCCCUGGGUGAGAUCGGUCGUAAUGCACCCCUACCAGUGCCCCCUGGUGGGGAGGAGGAUAAGAAGGAGGACAUAACCAAGUGGAACAUCAUGACCUGGCUUGUCAACAUGCUGAAGACCAGCAAGGAAUCCAACAAGUCUAAGGAGCGAGCUGCCAUGUGCCUUGGAUACAUCUGUGCAGGAGAUGUGGAGUUUCCUCAUCGCAGGAAGGCCAUCACAGAACUCUUCAAUGCCGUGCAGGUGAAGCAAGUGGAUCUACACUUCACUAUCGGUGAUGCCCUUGUCAGUGUGGCACAGGGGGGACGAUCAUCCUUGGUGAGGGAUUUUUGGACACAGACAGAAGAAGAAUUUCAGGCAAGUCUUGGAGCUAUGCAGGAUGAGGUGGAAUGGUUCUUGACAGAGAUUCUGAAGUCAUAUGUUACACAUUCAAACCAUCAUCUACGACAGGCUUCCUGCAUCUGGCUGCUGUCAGUGUUGAAGAAGUGUGGCAAACACAGCUCCAUCCAGACUCACAUCCAGAACAUCCAGAGGGCCUUCAUGCAGCUGCUGUCAGAGAGUGAUGAGAUGACUCAGGACAUCGCCUCCAAGGGUCUGGGCGUGGUGUAUGAGAACUGCACGGCCCAACAGAAGGACAUGUUGGUGUCUGAGCUGGUCAACACACUCAUGACUGGCAAGAGGCCUAAGCAGGAAGUGAGUGGAGAAACACAAAUGUUUGAAGAAGGAAGUCUCGGCAAAACUCCUGAGGGGGGAAGCAUGUCUACAUAUAAGGAACUGUGUGCAAUAGCCAAUGAUCUCAACCAGCCUGACCUCAUCUACAAAUUCAUGCAUCUUGCCAAUCACAAUGCCAUGUGGAACUCCAGGAAGGGAGCAGCAUUUGGCUUCACCACUAUCGCAGCUCAGGCUGGGGAGCAGCUGGCUCCGUACUUGUCCCAGAUUGUGCCCCGUCUCUACCGAUACCAGUUCGACCCUAAUCCCAAAAUACAGCAAGCCAUGACCAGCAUCUGGAAUGCCCUGAUACAGGACAACAAGAAAACUGUGGACACGUACCUCCAGGAAAUCUUGCGAGAUCUGUUGAAGAACCUGACCAGCAACCAGUGGAGGAUCAGAGAGUCCAGCUGCCUGGCUGUGACCGACUUGCUGCGAGGUCGACCAGUAGAUGACAUCAUUGAGCAGCUGCCACCUCUGUGGGAAGACUGUCUACGAGUCAGGGAUGACAUUAAGGAGUCAGUGAGAAAUGCUGCUGAUAUGGCCUGUAAAGCACUUAGUCGGGUGUGUGUGAAGACAUGUGACCCGAGCCAGGGCAAGGUGGGGGAGAGAGCCACAACUCUCAUGCUGCCUUGUAUUCUCAACUGCAGCCUUCAGAGCACAGUCCCCGAGGUCAGAGCUAUAGGACUGUCCACCCUGCUGCAGAUCAGUAAGAACGCUGGUGCCUUGAUGAAGCCUCACAUCCCUGUCCUGGUGGCUGCUCUCCUGGAGGCAGUCAGUGGGCUGGAGCCACAGGUCAUGAACUACCUCAGCUUCCACGUCAGCACCCAGGCUACACAGGAAAAGCUUGACAGUGCCCGUAUCGCUGCCUCCAAGAUGUCCCCAAUGAUGGAAACAAUCAACAGGUGUGUGCAGUAUGUGGAUGAGUCAGUAUUACCAGAGCUGGUGCCACGUCUAGUGGACCUCAUCAAGAGUGGUAUCGGCGUCGGAACAAAGGCUGGGUGCUCCAGCUUUGUGGUGUCCCUCGUCCAUCAGUGUCCCCAGGAUCUCACCCCCCAUGCAGGCAAGCUGAUGAGUGCCUUCCUCCAUGGUCUCAGUGACAGAAACUCCUCUGUGAGGAAGUCCUAUGCCUCUGCAUUAGGAUACCUGGUCAAAAUUGCCAAAGAUAGUAGUGUGGAGAAGCUGAUCAACCGACUCAGGUCGUGGUAUCUGGAGAAGGAAGAUGAGUCUUUUCGGCUUGCGUGUGGCUUGACCCUGCAGGCGAUGAGUCAGCACAGUUCUGAUGCCCUGAAGCGCCAUGCCACUCUAGCAAUGCCGCUAGCAUUCUUUGCCAUGCAUGAGAAGGUGAAGACAGACGAAGGUGGCACGGCAGCCAGCAGCUCCCAAUCAGUGUGGGAGGAGGUGUGGCAGGAGAUAACACCAGGAACGGAGGGAGGCCUGCGACUAUACAUCUCCGAAGUGGUGGAACUCCUGCAGAUGUCCCUGGAAUCCCAGCUGUGGAGCACCAAGGCCCAGGCAGCAGCUGCCAUGAGCACCGUGGCAACCAAACUAGGGUCGUCGCUGGGACCUCCACAUCUCGGCAACCUUCUCACAGCGCUGCUUAACGGUCUCCAGGGCAGGACAUGGGAUGGCAAGGAGGCCCUGCUCCAAGCUUUGUCCACAGUGUGCACGUCUUGCAAGGACACUAUCAAAGAAAAGGAUAUAGGAGGACAACCCAAGGUUAAAGAAAUUGUUGAGGCAGUUCUACGUGAGUCCCGGAAGGAGAGACCAGCCUACAAGAUUGAAGCGUUGAAGUGUCUCGGUGCCAUCAUCGAGGCAUAUGAUUUGGACCUGUUCCGUGACGUGUGGGAUAUACUGCUACCAAUGAUCAAGGAGAAGGACUCCGCGGACAAGGAUGAGGACAAGGAUGAUGUACCAUCUGCUGUGAAGCACAACUUGAAGGAGUGUGCCUACACUGCCCUGGGGGAGACAUGGCCCACCACACCCAGCACACAUGGUGAGUUUCAGGGCCGUGUGUGCGAGUCACUGUGUGAGGGGGUGCCAGUCAAUGCAUGGAAGGGCCAGGUCACCAUACUGAAGACAAUGCACAAGUUUGUUGACAGGUUAUCGUGUCUGAAGAAGGAGAAUGUAGCCAAGGAGUCCAGUCAGAUGAUCCCCAUCAUAGACAAGCUGCUGGCCACUGUGAUACCCCUCCUAGGUAACAUGAAGUAUGCUGUGAUCCGAACUGAAUCUCUUGCUGUGAUAGAAAGUAUUGUGUCAAAGCUGCAUGAUGCCGGACAGUUACCUCUGCUGUCUCGCACCAGUGUCGGCAACAAACUCGUAGAGGAGUUAUCUCCCAUGUGCGAGGAUGGAGUUUAUGAACUGCGAGAAAAAGCUGCUGAUUUAAAGAAGCUCCUUACAGCAUCAGCGUGAUACUAGAGUUAUCUGCCCUUGAUAGACAUGACCUUUGGACAUUCCCUACAAAGACUGUGUGAGAGGUUUGGCUGCAUGGAUGCAGAGAUUGAGAAGUCCACAAUGAAUAUCUUUACACCCAGUGAUUUUUAUCAACAAAGGUUAAUGGGCUUCCACUACUAUAAGUAGAAGCACAAUUGAAACGGAUUCUCAAUCAGUUCAGUCUUGUCCUGGUUGAUGUUUGAGGUCUGUGUCAUGGAAGUCUAUUUGUCAUGUAGUGUAUUGGCCUGCAUUGUUAUCCCAGCAGUUCCAGUCUGUGUUGAUAUUUAUUAAUUUGCCUUACAAAUGAAUUAAGUUCAUCAUUUCAUGGGAGCAUUUCAGGAAUUAAACACAAAAAUAGUCCUCCUCUAUGACAUGAUGUACAGGAACACUGACUUAGAGACAAACUUUUGAUUACAGUCAACUUGAGAUAUUUCGGAUAGUCAUCGGCCUAAAAAUCAAUUUAUAUAUCCAUAGUUGAUGUUGACCAGCCCUCCACGUAGCGACCAAUUUGGUUGCAUUUGCAACCUUAAUUACAUUUUGGAACCCGUGUUAAUUGCCUGGUUGCCAGUUGACUCCCAUUAAUAAACGUUUUUGGGACUAAAAUAUUUCCCAUAUUGAAAGAAACUGGAGUAGAACAUCACUUGUCUGUAUGAACAUCAUGACUUCCCUGUUAAGGGUGUUGUGUAACACCUUACAGCGAUACUGAAGUUUUGUGGUGUUAUCGUCUAUAAUGCUACAAGUUUAGUUAUUUCUGGUCAUGUGCACAUUUCUGUUUACUUUAACAAUGGUGGGAUGUUCAAAUCAUAGAAGAAUAUUUCAACUUGUUUUUAAGAGCUAUCUCUAAGCCGAACUGUCCAUCACAGAAUGAUGACAUGAAUAGCAUAACUAUGGCUUUUAUUGCCAGCAGUCCUAAAAGAUGUUUAUUAGAUGCAGAUGUUGGUGGGCAUUGGGAUGGAGACGACUGAGAUUACUUCAUCUGCUAUGAAUGUGUCUGAUAGUAAUAACUGAAUCAGAAAUCCCAGUGAUUGCAUCAAACAAAUAUUGGAAUAAAGCAAAAACGCAGCAGCACUGUUGUUUCAGGUAACUGGCUAAGUGAAUUCCAGUGAUGGUCUUUCAACAAGGGUAAUUGUUCAAUAACUUAUCUUUAUUGCAGCAAGUUUUUUUCAGACACAUUGGAACAAUUGGAAUGUUUUCUUAUCUUAUUAAUUAAUUUCUUAAAUAAUAAAUUCUUUAUGAGCCGUAAUCAAUGUGGCUCCUUAUAUUUUAAUGUGGCUCCUUUAAGUUUGAAAUGGCACAUAGAAAUAUAUUGCCAGGAGUCAAAUGGCUCCCAGGAAAAAAUCUGACCUUGGUGUUCUGUUGACAUUAUCUCUCUUCCGAGAUACUAAUCAAAAGAAGUUAAAGAACACCUGAUUCUUUCAUAUUACUACAGUUAAUCUCUCAUGGCAUGAUACAUUAACUAUAGUCAUAUGAAAGAAUUGGUGUUCUUUCUUUUUAACUUCUUUUGUGUAGGAUACCUAUAGUUGGUAUUAUUUAAUACUGAGAACUGUUCCUUAAUACUGACAAUGAUAUAUCCAAGUUGACUGUAAGCAAAAAUGGUUUAAUCUAAAGAUGCCCUUGUGGUUCUUUUCUUGUACCAUUUCUAAGGAUGUGUUAUCAUACUACAUGUUACCUGGGAUACCUGAGGUAGCCUUGUACAUGUCAUGGUUCAUGUCUUUGAGGAGGGGAUUCUAAUCACAUUUUACUUUCUAGAAAUAGUCAUUCCUGUUGUUGAAAUGUGUAUGUUAUGUGUUGGUUUGUCUGGAAUAGUAUUUUGAUUGGUAUUGCACCUGGCAAGAAAGAAUUACUGAGUAUGUGGUACAGCUAACGGGGUAGAGGUACAGUGUGGGAUAGUGAUAUGUCCAGUUUCGGGUCAAAAGAACAUGAAAUUUGUGGUAGUGCAUGGAUUUAGCAUUCUUUUACAUCUCAUACUAUUACUACUGGCAGAGUGUUUUGAAAGCAGUAACAGUUGCGUAUACAUGUAAAUGGUCUUAAAUAAAUGCUCUGAAACCAUGGUAAUAGAUAUCACCCCAAAACAAUUACGAUCCUUGCCAGAAAUAUUUCUAGCUAUUUGCGACAAAUGACUCAAAAGAUUAAACUUGUAGAAAAACAUAUAUACCUCAUUAUUUUUAUAUUUGGUGAUGACAAUAAAGCGGCAUAUAUUUAUUGAUAUUCCCAACUGUUUCAUGCAACAAAGAUAUUCUUGCCACUUCCUCAAAUUAUUGACUACAAUGCUGAAAUGAACAGAUUAAUCGCCUAACAUUUUAAACAGCGCUACUAUUUUCAUGCAGGCGACUGACUAUAUGCCCGAAAUAUUGCAAAUGUCAUGUUAAAUAUUUUCUCACUUGUUCUUCAAGUCAUUGUUGAGGAAGCACUCCAUGUACAGCCAGCUGUCAUUGGCUGAAGGAAAAUCAGCAGCUGUAGCAGACAGACAUGAGCUGUAGUUGUCUAGAUUUAACCAUUGCAAUCAACCUACUCAUUCUGGUAUCUCUUUUGAAUCUUAUUGGUGGAAGGUGUUGAAGGUAGCCAAGUGGUUGAAUUGUUGGCUCACGACUGGGUUCAGUUCCCUACAUGGCUACGAUUUGCCCAUUUCUCACCAUAUUCGCUCUCUCAUUAUUUUAGUGGUGAGGGUUUGGUACUGUUAAUUUAUGAAUUCCCUACAUUUCGUGUCAAAUAUUGAUCUGGAAUACAUUUCUCCCUUUGUUAUGAAUAGCAGGUUAAGAGGAUAUUGCUGAAGGUGAUGAACCUUAGAUUGAACCCACCAUCCACAGCAAACCUUGAAAGAAAGAGAAAUAUUUGUCUUCAUCUUGGGACUGCCUACUGUUUCCGCUGCUAGAAGCUGAAUGUUCGUUCUGUACUGCAACAUACUUUGUGAUUAGACCAUCCUGUCUUGAUUAAUGAAGUUUCACUGUUCUGAAAAUAUGUUUUACCCAUGUCAACAUAUCAGAUCUUGUUUGAAUUCAUUAGUAUUGUUUUUUUUAGCUUUCAUAUGAAUUUCAUUAAUAUUUGAAGUGUUUGGUAACUUAAUGAUGAAAUACUCUGUAUGUUUGUUGACCAUUUGUUGUAUCUUUCCUCAAUUUUACUUAAAACUUAAUGCUGUCAUUUUCUGUAAUUUCUAAGCAUGACUCCAAGACUGAUGAUCAGAAUGAACGUUAGAUUAUGCACUAUUCAAAUGAGAAGGGUCUUUUCAGUACUGAAUUUCUACAGUAUGUUGAAUGUUGGAUUUGUGGAUCUUUUGCCUAUAAAGUGCUGGAGCUAUCUGAUCUGUGUUGCAAGUGGAACGCAUUGAAAGGAAAUAACUCGACAGCUAGCUCAGUCUAGGGCUGCAUUUAUCAUGUUUAUGUUACCUGUUUGUCCUUUGUUUUGAGGUGUAUGAUAACCUUCAUGACUUGUAUGAUAACAUGUGACAUCCUGUUUAUAGUAUUUAAAUGCUUGUAUCUCAAGGGCCAACUGUCUUGCUCUCCAGUCACCACAUACCUGAGGGUGUCCACUAUUUGGCCCACAAUGAAAUUAUUAUUCAAUUUUCAUUUCAUUCAAAAUAUAUCUGAUUGGUAGGGCACAUUUCUAAUUUAUUUUUGGAUGUAUCGUUCGAGAAAGUCAUUUACAGGUUUUGAAACUCUCGUUCAUGAUUUCAGUCUUACCUUUAUGUUUGUGGCCAUAAUUGUAAGUAUAAAACUACCUGUCCACAUGUCCGGUUUAUCCAGGUGGACGAAAGGACCCGAAAUGUGACAUGUGAAAUAUGACAGGUGUCCGACCCAGUGAACGGUGUAUGUGUCCUGUUAGUACAGGAAUGGAUGUGUGGAGAUUUUCCCACAAUAAACAGGAUAUCCUAUCUCA